AUGGCCGCGGAGAGAGACGCCUCGCCCCCACGGCGGCUGCCGGACGCCGAACCGGAAGAGCUGUACGGCCAAGAGGUGCGCCUUGAAGAAGAGGCUUUCGCCUGGUCAGACAUUCAGGACGGAAACAUUAUGCUCUCAAUUUCAGACACCACAAUCUUGGACGAACUAGUGAACGAAGAAUGGAGGCUUCCAAGUGCGAGAAAAGUCAUGGGUGAUCGUACCACCUACGCAUCAACAGGGCUCGAGAUCCCAGAUGACCCAGGCGAUCCUGUCAUUUCAGAUUUCGGUGAUGCGCAAUACGGAGAAGGCGACUUCGACGGCGAGGUGAUGCCUGAUCUGUACCGCGCGCCCGAGAUCAUCCUUGGAAUUCCCUGGGACGAAAAGAUUGAUAUCUGGGCUUUAGGACUAAUGAUACCAGAGUCCUCGUUCGAGGAGGAGGAGUGUAAUCUUGAGGGAGCGGAGCAAGCCGAGUUUUUGGUGUUCCUGAGGAAGAUGCUGCAGUGGAAACCGGAGGAUAGGUUAUCCGCCCGAGAGCUAAUGGAGGACCCAUGGCUGUGUCGGCAGACGGCUGAUGACUGA